UUCGGGGAUCUGGGGUGCCAUUCGCUGAAGCAAAUCUGCGGUCAGUAUGGUCCCUUAACGAGAAAUUCGUGAUAUAUUUGUUAAUUGAACGGUGCGUUUACUUCAGAAGGAAAAUCGAUCUAUUAAAAGAAAAAAAAUCGUCCGAUUAGAUGCCAAAAUAACACCGUCUGGAUGACCUUCCAUUGAAUGUGAGACCAGACGGAUUUUAUAACGGAAACGGUUGACCCUCGCAGCCAUGGAGAUUGUCACACAUUUAAUCAAUGACACCAUAGAGCUCUACAAAUGGACCCUGACUAUUGCAGACAAACGAGUGGAAAAAUGGCCUCUGAUGGACAGCCCUCUGCCCACUCUGGCCAUCAGCACCUCUUACCUGCUCUUCCUCUGGCUUGGGCCCAAAUACAUGAAGAACAGAGAACCUUUUCAGCUGCGCAAAACUCUGGUCAUCUACAACUUCAGCAUGGUCUUUCUCAACCUGUUCAUCUUCAAGGAGCUGUUCAUGGCGGCACGAGCAGCACAGUACAGCUACAUCUGUCAGCCGGUGGACUAUUCAGAGGAUCCUAAUGAAGUCAGGAUGGCUGGAGCUUUGUGGUGGUAUUUCAUCUCAAAGGGCAUCGAGUAUUUGGACACAGUGUUCUUCAUCCUGAGGAAAAAGUUCAGCCAGGUUACCUUCCUGCACGUCUACCACCACUGCACCAUGUUCACGCUCUGGUGGAUCGGCAUCAAGUGGGUGGCAGGAGGACAGUCUUUCUUUGGGGCUCACAUGAACGCACUGAUCCAUGUCCUGAUGUACCUCUAUUAUGGUUUGGCCUCCUGUGGACCCAAGAUCCAAAAAUACCUUUGGUGGAAGAAGUAUUUGACCAUCAUUCAGAUGGUUCAGUUCCACGUCACCAUCGGCCACACGGCUUUGUCUCUCUACGUCAACUGCGACUUCCCCCACUGGAUGCACUACUCUCUCAUCUGCUACGCCAUCACCUUCAUCAUCCUGUUCGGCAAUUUCUACUACCAGACCUACCGCCGCCAGCAGCCCUCGCGCCGUGAAGCGUCCUCGUCCUCCAAAGCGGGCAGGGCUUUCUCGAACGGCACCCUGAACGGGCCCAGCAAAGCCGCCGGCGGAGCAGCGCUGAUGAGCAGCAAAGAGGAGAAGACCCAGGAGAACUCUGGGAGGAGAAAGAGGAAAGGACGCGCUAAAAGAGAUUAGACAAAAAAAAACAAGAAAAUGCGAGGUAGGGUCAUACUUUUAGGUUGCUUUUUCUGAAACACGAAAGACUAAAUGUGAGGAUGUUUCUCAUGGGUGUGAGCUACUUUUUUAAGCCAUGAUCUGAGUUUUAGAGGAAGAGCGAGCCAGGAUUGCUCAGAAGAGAGGAUUAAACUGUUAAUGAGAGGUGUCAAAGGUCAUAUAUGAGGUGACCACCAUUCUAAAAAACUAAAAACAUAAAAAAAGCAGUGCUGGGGGUGUGGGAGAGCCUUUCUCCUCUUCAUUGUGGUGCCAAGUUACAAAGAUCUGGUUCAAAACGGGAAAGAUGACAAGCAUUUGAAGCGGAAAUAACAGCUUCCAGGCUUUUUGGACGUGCUUGGAAACUUAGCAGUUAAAGCACCUGGUUGUAUUUAAAAUAUAAAUAAAAAUUAGUUUUAAAAAUGCUGCUGUAUUAAGACAAGACAACACAUCAGAACAUGCACACAACAGUUUAAAUGCAUUAAUAUUCCUUGUAUAUAUAUAUCUAAAAGUGAUAAUCAUGUGCACUAACAUCCUCUCAUCUUGUUUAAGAGACUAUUAAGUUUACACGAUCUUACAUUGAAAGCAUAUUUAAAGUUUUGAAAUGUAAACUCUUAUUUUUUAAGCUUCUGUCCAUUUUUAUGUGUAGAUAAACUAACAUUACUGAGAGAUUAGAUUCAGUUUAAAGCAGAAGAAAAGGGGGUUGAUCUUGUUUCUGCAUCUAUUUAAGACUCAAACUGUUUCUGUGUACCACCAUGAUCCAUGUCACGUAUCCACACGUGUGUGUCUUGUGAACUGUAAUGAGUAAUAUCCAAAUGGAUCUGAUGAUGUGCCGUGUUUCCUCCUGGGCAGAAACACGGCUGGAGGUUUGUCCUUGCAGGUGUUUAUCCGUCUUUUUUGUAUUCUAUCCUCUCUGAACUUGUUGUUUGUCUUAGACGCGCCGCUCCCGACCAGUCCUCUGUGGUGUUUUCUAGUUUUACAUCCACGUUCACUUCCUUUAGCACCGUUUUCUUAAAGUCUGUGCAUAUUUAAACCCCUUUUUCCAGACCAAAUUCAUGGCCAGAGCUGGCUUGAAUGUACAUUUAUCAAGGGAAAUAUUUGUAUGAGAACAGGUUUCUAUACAGAGGGAGCUGCUGCCGCUCUAUGUAACACCACGAUUACGAAUACCUCCCUGUAAUGACCAGAGCAAAAACCUGCAGUCAGCUCUGUUUGCUUUAUAUUGAACUUUGAUGUUAUUUAUUCAUUUUUUUAUUAUUGUUGUGUGGAGAUUUCCAUCUAGCUGAGAUAGAUUGCUUGUUUACUUUUGUUUUAUGUGCAUAUCAUGUGGUGAAAUGUUGUAUACUGCACACUGACUGGACAGUUAUUUGUCCAAGAUGCUUCUGCUUUGAUUAAAUUGGUUAGAAUUGUUCUUUUUUUUUGUAUCACAACUUUGAAUUUUCUUCAGUCAAAAUUAAACUGAUUGCUUGUAAACAUUUA